CGACCGACGCGACAGUAAAAAAAAAAAAAGCACAAAGGGACAAUCUUCUCGAUUCCUCUCUCUCUCUAGCAAUUAUAAGAAAAAUCAUACUGUAAGAUUUAAGUUUUUCUGUCAGCGAUCACAAUCCUUCAAUUACUUAGCUAAAAAAAAUGGAGAAAGUGAGGCAAGCAUCGCACGCAGGGUCUUGGUAUACCGAUAAUCCUACAAAGUUGUCAUCGGAUCUUGGAGAAUGGCUAACAGCAACUGGUUUAACCAAAUCACCUCAUGUCCGAGGCGUCAUUGCCCCACACGCAGGUUACUCCUACUCCGGUCGUGCAGCUGCUUAUGCCUUUGCAAACAUUGAUCCCACCAACAUUACCCGGAUAUUUAUUUUAGGUCCAUCUCACCAUUACUACACACCAAAAUGCGCACUUUCGACUGCAAAAGUUUACAAAACUCCCAUAGGAGAUCUACCUGUUGAUGUGGAGAUGAUUAAGGAGAUACGAGCUAUGGGUAAAUUUGGAAUGAUGGAUCUCCGAGUCGACGAAGCUGAGCAUAGCAUGGAAAUGCACUUGCCUUUUUUGUCUAAAGUUUUUCAAGGGCACGAUGUGAAAGUUGUACCAAUCUUGGUUGGAGCAGUAAGUGCAGAGAACGAAGCCAUGUACGGCGAGCUGCUAUCAAAGUAUGUGGAUGAUCCCAACAACUUUUUCUCUGUCUCCUCUGACUUCUGUCACUGGGGCUCCAGGUUUAAUUACAUGCAUUAUGACAACAAUCAUGGUCCAAUACACAAAUCCAUCGAGGCACUAGACAAGAUGGGUAUGGAUAUAAUAGAGACCGGUGAUCCAGAUGCUUUCAACAAGUAUCUUUUGGAGUUUGACAACACCAUUUGUGGCCGCCACCCUAUUAGUAUUUUUCUCCAUAUGAUAAAACAUAGCUCAAGCAAGAUUAAGAUCAAUUUCCUCAAGUACGAGCAGUCAAGCCAGUGCCAGACUAUGCGAGACAGCAGUGUCAGCUAUGCAUCUGCUGCUGCUAAGUCGGAAUGUUGAAACUGAAUGAUUGUUACAUGCAUAUUUCUAGCAUUUAACAAAUGCAAACAACCUUAAAAAGAAAAAAGAAAAACAAAAGGUUUGGUGUUUACAUGUAAUAAGAAAAAGCACAACAACAACAUCAUCCUCCAUUGAACUGAUUAUCUAAUAAUUUUGCAUUUC